AUGACAAAUACGUUGUCACCGUGCGUAGUUAGGAAUACUAACGAAGAAAAAGUGGGAGGCGGGGGGCGGGUGGUAUACGGUGGUAAGGAUAAAAAAAAAGGGUUGUCGGCUGUCUGGUUGUUUGUUAGCCUUUACGUUCCCUUGGGGUGCGAAGAAGAAGCCAGACUCGAGGCGUAA